CGCCGCAAACCACCAAAAAAAAAGAAUCUCCGGAUAUCGCCCGACAAUCUGCCAUUGCAUCCGAUCUCCCCACGGCCGAAGUAGAACCGCCGCCCGCCCACUCAGGACCCCUCCCCCCUCUUCCCGUGCAUUGCCGUGCCGGGCCACAUCAUGUCCGACUCUCCUCCCUCAUCACACGCCACAGCCCACGCCUAUGCAAGCAACGGCUUGGAAAUCCUGCAGGCCGCUAGCGAUGCCGCACAGGCUCUGCAAAACUCACAGGCCCUUCAGAAUGCCGCAGCCGAAGCCGUUGGCCACGCGGCUGCCCACAUGCAACAACAAGGCGACAUCUCCUUGAUGCAGCACGAUGCCAAUGGCGUCCGCGACCCCAGCAUCAACCCGAAACUCACGCGCCUGCGCAGGGCCUGCGACAUGUGCAGCAUGCGCAAGGUUAAGUGCGACGACUCCAACAUCCCCUGCCGCCCGUGCCGCGAGCUCGGCGUCGACUGCACAUAUAACCGCGAGACUAAGCGCCGCGGGCCACCGAAUAAGCAUGCCGAAGCGUCAAAGGCAGCCAAGCGCGCGCGCAUGGAGAUGCUUGCCUCGCGCGACUACCUCACCACCGCCACUGAUGGUGCCCAAAAUAUCCCCGGCAGUAUACCUGGUGCAGACAGCAAUGCAGGAGACACAGCUGGCUGUGCUACGCCGCGGGCACCGCAGCCUUUACUCGCAGCCGGCGAGGCCCUAACAGCCGAGUCCAUUGCGCCAAUGCACAUUCUCGAGCUCCUAGUCGACGACUUCUUUACAUAUAUCCACCCAUUGGCGCCGUUCCCACACGAGCCCAGCUUCCGCGCAGCACUUGCCAACCGCGAAGACCGCACACGGCCCGAAUUCCUCGGCCUGCUCGCCAGCAUGAUAGCCACGCUCGUCUCGUCGUUCCCCCGGACAGCCCGCGAGGUCCUCAAGGCCGAGAGCAGCACCCACCUGUUCCCCAAGGCGAUGCUGCUCAUCGAAAAGUGCCACGACGUCGUGCUGGCCACCCGCGGCCCCAUGUGGGUGUUCAAGCAGCCCAAGACCAUGGACGACGCCGCCACCUCCUACUUCAUGGGCCUCUCGUCCAUCUACAUCCUGCAGGUCCACGCCGCGCGCCACUUCAUGGCCGAGACCCUCCUGCUGAUCCGCGAGCUCGGCUUCAACCGCUCCAAGCACGAGCGCGGCCUCCCGACGUUCGGCCACGACCCCGCCAGCGCGGAGCCCAGCCGCUUCAACCACAUCCGCGACCAGAUCGGCAAGCGCAUCUUCUACUGCCUGCUGCUCGGCGUGCGGUCCAUGUUCCAGUUCGACAAGUCCCACAGCGACAUUGUCAUUGCGCCCUCCACGCCAAACAUGCCCUACCCGGCGUACCCGGAGAAUGUCGACGACAGCAGCAUCCUCGCCGACGAAAUCAUCCACGCGCAGCCCGAGAGCAGCGUCACCCUGCUCACGGGAUUCCGCUUCGGCAUCGACAUCUACACCACCAUCAAUGGCGUCGUGGCGCUCGAGCUUGCGUACGGCAUGUCGACGCUGCCCUGGGCUGACCAGCGCAUCUUGCUCCGCGACGGCCUGGUCGCUGCAAAGUCCAUCAUUGACGACCUCCCGCCGGAGUUGCAGCUCGGCACGCCCGCGUCAGAGGCCUCAGACGCCGCUGCACAGUCGUCUUCCACACUUAGCACUUACGGCCCGCCCGUCUGGCCGCUUAGUGGUUCUGGCGUGCCCACGCCCUCGACGGUAGAUCUGCGCACCAUGAUUAAGCAGCAGCCUCAGCACCGCCGCUUACUGCAGUACGAGAUUCAAAAGGCAAACGUGUUUGUGUCGCAGCUGACAACACGCUCGUACUUUGUCGAGCUCUACUUCAACCUCCGGGACAUUUACCUCCGCGAGCAGACGGCCAACGGAAGCCCCGAGACAGCGCACCAUCAGUCCCCCGAGGAGCAGGCCCUCAUGGACGCCGACGACAAGGACAUUCUCGACUUUAUGUCUGACGAGCGCGACCUCGUUAUUCAGGAUCUGCUGACCGUGCUGGGCUCCAUCUCCCAGCGCAACAUCGAGCCCAAUGGUGGUUCGAUUGUCGCCAAGAUCCGCCAAGUUGCGUCUACGCUGCUCCACGACCCCCAGCAGCGCAAGGGAGGACCUGGGGCAACAAAGACUGAGGGCACCCUCGCGCAGCUCAUCGAGGUGCUCAUUACGUUGGAAAAGAUGGCCGAGUCGAGCAGAACCAGAGUCCACGAUCCCAACGGUGACACUGUCGCUCAAGAGGAGGAGGAGGAGCUGCGCACGUGGGCUGCUCUCCGCGAGUAUCAGCAGCGGCUGGCAGAGGCAUCUGAGGGCUUUGAUAUGCGCUUGACGGAUGUGUCGACAUUAUAGAACAAGGAACCGCUGCGAGGAAGACAAAAAAGGAAACGCAAUGGAACAAGGAAACAGUAAUAUUAUGGGAAAACAAUACUGGGAUUAUGUAUUAUAAAGUGUAACACUAUAGCAAGCCAAGCAGCAACCAGCGAAAUCUAACUUUUUACAGACCGUACGGUCUACUCCUUGCACAUCCUCUUCUCCCCAGAAUACACAUGGCAAACGUGCACCAUGCAAUCACCCUAUUUGCCAUUGUUUAGUGCUCUUGUAUCUACAUCUCAUAACUUCACACACUUACCCCAAAGUAGCCAGCAGCCCAACCAUUGCCAUUUCGCGCCGCUGAUGCAGCACCCCAGUAACAUGGAACAUAUACACCUGAAUGCCCACGUUGGCCGUCAGCCAAGUCGCCAGUAUCAGGUGGAUCGGCAUCUGCACGACCAGGCUAAACUCUCGCCGGUAGACGCACAGGAAGAGCAUCACCGCCCAUGCCCAGAAGAAUGUC